UUGUUCGAAGCUUAGUUUGUGUAUGUGUAUAGUGUGCAGAACUUGACAAUUCAAUAACUGAAUAAUCGACAAAUUGUACUCGUUUCGAAUUGGUUUUGUCCAUUGACUACAUCAUUUCAUCGAAUCAAUGGUGUUUAUUGCAUUUUAUCAAAUAAAGUUGAAGUAAAUUUCGAUAUAAAAAUGCCAACAAUAAUUGCAUUAGACGUAUCAUUGUCAAUGACAAGAGCUGUACCGGUUGCAACAAAUGGCACAAACGACGAUAAUAUUACUUAUAGUCAGUUGGCCAUUCAAGGAAUCAACGAAUUUUUGAAUUAUCUCACAAAAAAUUCAAAACUUGAACAUGUUUCGCUUUUGGUUUAUUCAUCAAAAUACGAUGUUUUGGUUGAUUUUACACGAGACUAUGAUGCAAUUCGACAAGCACUGUACAAUGUAGAGCAUUACGAUAAAUUAUGUUUGGAAAAUAUGCUUCGCAUGGCCGGUUCAAUAUUAUUAUCAAGCUGGGGAAGUCAAAAUCACAACCAAAUAGUGGUAUUCACACAUUGUGGUGUUGGUCUGGGAGUCACCUCACUUCAAAGCACCAUUGCAAAUUUGACAACACAAAAUGCAUCGAAAGCAGCAUCGGCAUCAUCAUCGUCAUCAUCAUCAAAUGCGCUUUCGACAAAUCCCCAAUAUCUACUGAAUGAUGUGUCUAGGGAGAGUUGGAUUCCAUUUUCGAGUUUGAGUAAAUUGAGUUUCAUUUGCUUGGGAUCGACCGUCGAUCCGUAUUUUCAAAAUGCCAUCGAAUUAUAUCAGCAAUUUUUGGAUGUAAGCGGUCAAAAGGGUAAACUUUUCAUCGCACAUAUUGAUUCGGAAAAUGACAACAAAAUCACUAAGGGCACAAAUUGUAAUUUCCCAAGUCAAACAUAUCCAACGACAGCUCAAUGGAAGAGUGAUAUCAUCACACAUCUGAUUGAGGAACUGUGUGAAACCAACUAUAAACCGUUCGAAGCUACUUUGAAUGGUGGUGACUAUCACAAGCUCGAGUCGCCGGUCAUUAUUUGGCCAGCGCCAAUGCCACACGAUGAUGGAAAAGAUGGACCAAAAAUGAUAUCUCGAACAAUAAUCGUAUGCGGAUUUCUUAAUUUAUCCGACAUUGGUUCACCGAUGUCUCUCAGUCGUCAUUUGGUGCUGCCGAAUGAGAAUGCCACCACAAAUUGCGCUCAGGGAACUACAGAUAUGGAAAAAAUGGAAAAUGACAUUAAAUCAUUUUUAAAUAAAAGCGAAGACGAAGAAAACGGCGAACAGAAUAAGUCAAAUAAUGAAUCGGCCGCUCUAUUGCUUCACGGUGCCUUGAAAUUUGAGAAUCUAGCGGCAGUUGUUCUUCUCAACGAUGAUUGGUUUGGAUUCUUGCAUUCAUAUUCAGACAUUAAAAGGAAAUCGAAUAUCAUUUUAACCAUUUUACCACCCGGCAACGACAACAUUCCGUGGUUGGGUGACUUUCAAUAUUUUGCUACGGCCGAUGAAGCGUUACCAGGCGAAAAUGCACAAUUUCCUAUCAAACCUGAAAAAAGAAGCUAUUCACAAAAUUGUGUUGUUUGGAUCAAACAAGCAGGGCUACAGUCUGACAUUCAGAAAUUAUUGCGACAUGCUAAAAAAUUACCAGAAAAAACACAACAAUUUUAUAAGGAACUCAACCGAAUUCGCCGGGCAGCAUUAUCUUUGGGCUUUGUAGAGCUUUUGGAAGCACUUUCAACGCUAUUUGAACGAGAAGCAUUGUUACUACCUCAAAAUGUCAGCCCAGAUUGUGGCAUACAACUUAAACACUCGGCCAUUGAAUUGCGGAAGCUUUCGAAUCGAGAUCUUAAAAUCUCAUUGUCACCAAUUCCAACAAAAUAUAAUCAACUUGUGUAACUUUUGUAAUAAUUUUAAAAUAAUAAUAAAUUCUAUAUUAAUGCGUUGAA